AUGGCCCGGACCUUAGGAGACGAGGAAAAGGGGGUGCAAUCUUCCCCAGACGUGCAAUCGUCCUCAUCGGAUCUUGCGCCUGAAGAUCCAUCUGUCUUGAGCCCUGCACCAUCCGAGUCAGGCAAUAUAUUCAGCCGGCUCAAUGGCCGUCUUACGGAGCUGGAAUUCUUCGAAAGUCGCGGUAUCGAGCGUGUCCCACUCCACGAGCGCCAUGAUGCCAAGGCGUCUGAUUACCUGCAGAUGAGUCUGCUAUGGUUCAGUACUAAUAUCACGGCGAACAACAUGGCUCUUGGUAUGAUGGGCCCGCUGAUAUUUUCGUUGGGCUUUGUCGAUUCUGCUCUGUGUGCCACUUUUGGCGCGUUGCUUGGAGCGGCCGGUGUUGCUUACAUGGGCACAUUUGGACCCGCUAGUGGCAAUCGUACCAUGGUUAUCGCACGAUAUUUCAUGGGUUAUUACCCGAGCAAAAUUGCUUGUCUUCUGAACAUAAUUAUCAUGCUGGGCUACGGCAUGAUAGAUUGUGUAGUUGGUGGUCAAGUUCUAUCUGCCGUUGCUGGGGGUCGCAUGACUGUCGUCGUGGGCAUCAUCAUUAUCGCCAUCGUAACCUGGGUGGUGGUUUUGUUUGGCAUGCGUUUAUUUCAUAUCUAUGAGCGAUGGGCAUGGAUUCCUCAGAUCAUCGCCGUCUUCGUCUUGGUCGGCAGUGCGGGUCCCAAGUUUGAUACUUCAAUUGCCUCGACUGGCUCUUCUCAGACCAUCGCUGGAAACAGACUGUCCUUCUUUUCACUCUGUCUAUCUGCGUCCGUGGCUUGGGCGCCCGCGGGUGCCGACUUUUACGUCUACUUUCCUCCUACCACGUUGAAAUGGAAGACUUUCCUCAUGACCUUCCUCGGUGUGGGGUUGUCCCUGACGUUCGCCAACUUGAUGGGCGUUGGACUCGCAUCGGGCACUGUGACACAUGCGACAUGGGAGGAUGCAUAUAACACUUCAUCUGGGGCCUUGAUUCUCGCCGGCUACGAUGGUCUUGGAGGAUUCGGCAAAUUCAUGGGCGUCCUUGUCGCACUUGGGCUUAUCGCCAACAACAUCCCCGGCACGUACUCAGCCUCGCUAGGCUUCCAAAUCAUGGGGCGUAACUUAGCAAGGCUGCCGCGGUGGUUCUACUCGUGUGUCGGCGUUGUCAUCUACACAGCAUGCGCGCUCGGUGGACGCAAUAAUUUAUACGACAUCUUCGAUAAUUGGCUGGCACUAAUGGGCUAUUGGGUGACAAUCUACCUGACCAUUGCCAUUGAAGAGCAUCUGAUAUAUCGCCGAUCGCUCGGAUUUGACUGGGAUGCGUGGGCAGAUCCGUCUAAACUGCCGGUCGGUAUCGCAGCACUAUUGGCAUUUUUGAUUGGCUGGGCUGGGGCUAUUGUGUCUAUGGACCAGGUCUGGUUUGUUGGACCGAUCGCGAAGAUGGUUGGCGACGAUGGCUCUGACCUUGGCAUUUGGGUUGGGGUCUCGUGGGCGAUGCUAGCCUACCCGCCUCUCCGAUGGGUGGAACUGAAGCAGUUUCAGCGGUAA